AUGUCGGCUCGGACGCGGCAAGCACCUUUCCUGGGCGUUGGAGGCCAUUUCUUUAGGGGCUGCCUCGCGCAGGUGUCAGAAGGCGCUGGAGUCCAUCAUGCUGGUGGAGGUGUGCAUAUCGAGCCCUGGUACAGACAGUUUCCCCAGCUGACCAGAUCCCAGGUGAUCAAGGCGGAGUUCUUCAGUGCAACCAUGCGGUUCUGGAUUCUCUGGCGAUUUUGGCAUGACUCAGAUGCCGUGCUGGGUCACUUUCCAUAUCCAGAUCCUUCCCAAUGGACGGAUGAAGAAUUAGAUAUCCUUCCUGAUGAUGAAGACUGAAAGUGUAGACUCAACUCUUUCCAACACCCAGGUGAGAAUUUCAA